AAGCUUUGUUGUAUGUGUUGGCCAGUUCUGAAGUCUUGAAGAAGUUCUGUGCUGAGGAAGACCAAAGCAGCACUCGUUGCCUAUUAGGGAAUGGACCGUUUGGGUUCCUUUAGCAAUGAUCCUUCUGAUAAGCCACCUUGCCGAGGCUGCUCCUCCUACCUCAUGGAGCCUUAUAUCAAGUGUGCUGAAUGUGGGCCACCUCCUUUUUUCCUCUGCUUGCAGUGUUUCACUCGAGGGUUUGAGUACAAGAAACAUCAAAGCGAUCAUACUUAUGAAAUAAUGACCUCAGAUUUUCCUGUCCUGGAUCCCAGCUGGACUGCUCAAGAAGAAAUGGCCCUUUUAGAAGCUGUGAUGGACUGUGGCUUUGGAAAUUGGCAGGAUGUAGCCAAUCAGAUGUGCACCAAGACCAAGGAGGAGUGUGAGAAGCACUAUAUGAAGCAUUUCAUCAAUAACCCUCUGUUUGCAUCUACCCUGCUUAACCUGAAACAAGCAGAGGAAGCAAAAACUGCUGACACAGCCAUUCCAUUUCACUCUACAGAUGACCCUCCCCGACCUACCUUUGACUCCUUGCUUUCUCGGGACAUGGCCGGGUACAUGCCAGCUCGAGCAGAUUUCAUUGAGGAAUUUGACAAUUACGCAGAAUGGGACUUGAGAGACAUUGAUUUUGUUGAAGAUGACUCGGACAUUUUACAUGCUCUGAAGAUGGCUGUGGUAGAUAUCUAUCAUUCCAGGUUAAAGGAGAGACAAAGACGAAAAAAAAUUAUAAGAGACCAUGGAUUAAUCAACCUUAGAAAGUUUCAAUUAAUGGAACGGCGGUAUCCCAAGGAGGUCCAGGACCUUUAUGAAACAAUGAGGCGAUUUGCAAGAAUUGUGGGGCCAGUGGAACAUGACAAAUUCAUUGAAAGCCAUGCAUUGGAAUUUGAACUCCGAAGGGAAAUCAAGAGGCUCCAAGAAUACAGGACAGCAGGCAUUACCAAUUUUUGUAGUGCCAGAACCUACGAUCACCUCAAGAAGACACGGGAGGAGGAGCGCCUUAAACGCACUAUGCUCUCAGAAGUUCUCCAGUAUAUCCAAGACAGUAGCGCUUGCCAGCAGUGGCUCCGCCGGCAAGCUGACAUUGAUUCCGGCCUGAGUCCUUCCAUUCCAAUGGCUUCGAAUUCAGGGAGACGGAGUGCACCACCCUUGAACCUCACUGGCCUCCCUGGCACAGAGAAGCUGAAUGAAAAAGAAAAGGAGCUCUGUCAGAUGGUGAGGUUGGUCCCUGGAGCCUAUUUAGAAUACAAAUCUGCUCUAUUGAACGAAUGUAACAAGCAAGGAGGCUUAAGACUGGCGCAGGCAAGAGCGCUCAUCAAGAUAGAUGUGAACAAAACCCGGAAAAUCUAUGAUUUCCUCAUCCGAGAAGGAUACAUCACUAAAGGCUGAGGCUCCGAGGGCUUGGGAUCAGAAGUCAGAAGUUUGGAAUGUGGUGGGGUCAAAGGACAGUGUGGGUGGGCAUUCUGGAGAGUUUUGUUUUUCAGCUGAAUUCUCAUUGUGAAAAGAGGGGAAAGGACAAAGGAAACCUUAAGUUGUAUUAAGUCUACUUUCUUCUCCAUCCUGCUUUAAAACACUCCUGUUGUUGGUAUUGUGCUGCAGAGUUGUGUGCUAGAUAAGCUAUUAUUAAAUGUGAGUGGGCAUUCAUUCCUAACACCUCUUGUAACUAAAAGAACCAUAGUACCUCACUUCACAGUGCUGGUAGAAAUAGAACUAAACCACAGUCUUUAGUCCCAGGAGUCCAGCUCAGAUCCUUAUAUUGUGAGGUAAGUUUGCUGCUUAUCUGCCUUGCCUUCAAACACUGCGGAUAGAUUUAAAAUAAAGAGAAAGGUUUUAGAGC